UAGGCUCUCACAUCCUGUACGAACAUCAUGCAUAAUGAGUAAUUCACCACAGUGGGAACAGGGAAGGGCGGAAGGCCUUAAUAUUCAUUCACAUUUGACAGCCUCUCUUUGAACAGGUGACUUGCUAGCAGAACACAGGAAAUGAAACUGCUGUGCUUGCUUGUGCUUCUGUGUCUGGAGGUCCCGGGAGAUAGCUUGUCCAUCGAUAGCCAUCAUUACGCUGCAGCCACGAAGUGUCUCCGAUUGUUGUGCAAAACGUCAGCGGAUGACUCUGAAUGUAAAAUGUGCUUGCGGGAGGUCGAUGUGUCUCAGCAGCCUAUCGAAGCACUGCGUCUUUGUCUAGAGGAAAUCACAAGCUGUGACAAGGAGGAUACUGAAACCCUGGAAAAAUUGCGGACUUGCAUGGCGUUGGCAAGUUCAGAGAUGGGCACCUGCUUCAACGGAAAGCGUGGCGAAAAUUACCCAUUUCCCUUCCUUCCGCUUGAAUGAAACCGCGACGCAUCCGAAAAUAAAUUACAGUGUAACCCCUAUUUGUCUCCUUUGAGAUUUUUUUCUCCCUUCAAAUGAAAUUGUUGUCGUGGC